AUGGCGGUUGGUAUCAUCAAGAGCUCCGUGUCGAGCGGGUCGUCAUCGUUUGCGUGCCGCGCCACCAUCGAUACCAAUCGGUUUGACGACCUCGUGCUCGCCCUCAAGGAUGCUCUUGGCCCCUCUUCUGGCCUUACAUCAGACGAUGUCGACGUUGGUCACCUGACUCGGUUGAUGCGUGACUAUGACUCGAGUCCGCGGGAGUGGUCCAAGUUUGCCAUGGGCGACGAGAGCCGGGCGUACACCAGGAACCUGGUCGACGAAGGGAACGGGAAGAGCAAUCUGCUGGUUCUCGUUUGGUCGCCCGGCAAGGGGAGCCCAAUCCACGACCACGGCAACGCCCACUGCCUGAUGAAGAUCCUCCAUGGUGACUUGACGGAAACGAGAUAUGACUUCCCAGAGGGGGAAACAGAGAAGCCGAUGAAGGUCAUUUCGGAGAAGGUACAUAAGGAGAACGAGGUGGCGUACAUGGCGGACGAGCUCGGCGUCCACCGUGUCUCGAACCAGGGCAGCGGCUUCGCUGUGUCCCUACAUUUGUAUACUCCGCCCAACGUUGCCAAGGGGGGAUGCCAUAUCUUCAAUGUCGAUACGGGCAAGAAGAGCCAUACGACAGAACGAGAUGUUUACUUCCCCUUUUGCAUACCAUGGGCGCCCAUGAUGGCCGAGCACUCGCCCGUUGAAUCCGACUCUGUCCGUGAGCGCCGCAACCGAGCGAAAUCCGGCGAGUUUUCCCAAAACGGAAACGAGGGCCACUCUGCGCUGCUGAGAGUGGUUUCAUCGAAUUCUCGCGCAAAAACGGACAUGGCGGCACCGCUGAAAAGCCUAGGAGAGGGCGAUGGUUGUCAAGGGCUGAUAAUGCGCCAGAAGAAGUCAACAGAGGAGAAAAGGGAGGAAUGA